GUUUGUCCGCGUGCCAGUUCCUUCCCCUGUGAGUACAGACUAAGUGGAGGAGGAUGCAGUUCAUAUAAGUAGCACACACAUACACACACACACACACACACACUAAUAAACAGAACCGCUGGAACAAUGACUGUUGGAUCAUCAUCCCCCAUAGUCAGAACGGUCUCACCUUCUAAGUGUAUAUUUUCCAAAUUUAAAAUAAGCCUACCAUUUUUCAAAAGGAAUACCCAUAUUCAGGAUGAUAUCAAGUCUGAAGAAAUUCUGUUAACUUUUCAGCAGAAUCUCCAGCAGCAUCAGUUUGUUGUGGCAGGGAAGCAGCUGAUUUGUCGAGAGGAGCGUUUGUUUGCACUGAAACAAGAAGGGAUGGGAUCCAGCAAGAGCAUGUUGGCAGAAGAGGAGGAAGAUGAGGAGGAAAAACUGAAUAAAGACUUUGAAGACCUUUUAACGAAAGUUAUGUCAACAGUUGAGAAAUGUUUUGAUGUUCAAACUAACGAAGAGAAAGAAUUUCUAAAAGAGGCAGUCCUAGCCAUCGACCAAGAGGAAGAGCAGGACAGGAGAUGGGAAGGGGUUCAGAAAAAUGAACGUCCUCCAUGGAGACCAAGGCAUUGCAGACUGGCCCAUGACCACCUGCUUCGCAGUAUGGUUCUACAGCGGAUGGAGGAGGCAAAGCUAGAUUCAAAUGUUAACUUUAAGUCUUCAGUUCAAUUGGAGAUCACUGCCAAGGGUAAACAACUGAAGAAAGACCUGCUAAAAAUUGCAAAGAAUGUGAAGAGCUGCUACCCAAAAGAGAAUGUGUGCCAAUUGUAUGCCAAAAUAUACCAUCAGGUUUUUUGUGACAAGCUCAGGGAAAUUGCUGAUUAUGGACUUUCUGAUGAAGACUGCACACAAGUCCUUCUUUGGGUGAAUAGUCUUUACCCUGAGAUUCUGAGGCAUGAAGAGCUUUCUGGGAUGAUUGACUAUGAACAUCUUGAGGCACUGAUCCCUGAUGAUAUCCUUGAAUUGUUGGAAGAGCAGUAUUUGACCAGUAAAGAGAAUGAGCUAUGGACAUGGUGUCAAAGAGCCUUGAGCAGUGAGAAGGAAGCUAAUCCUGAACUGAUGGAUAAUUGCUACUCAAGCCAUCUGGCCAUUGAUGUGAUUCAGUGUGUCAAUGCUCUUCUCAACUCAUCAAAGAAUGUGCUGGGCUCUUGGUCAAAAACUCAGAGAAUCACACACCAGUUAAAGCAAUUCCUUAUUAAUUACCAGCAUUUCCUUGAGAAAGUGAUUGAGGAUAAUCAGGUGAACGCUGAUGCUGUAUUGAAGGCCAACCUGCCCUGUAUCAGAGAUCUCAGGAAUUACAUAAUGAUGAAUCCAGACCCCUUCCCUCAACACAUCAAGAAUGAGUGUAUAGAUCUGCUGACCAGGACAAGAGACACAUGCCACAGUUAUUUCACCAAACCGAUCCAUAAAAAUCUCAAGUGGACAUACUCCAAAGUGGGUACCAAAGAAUGGCUUAAACACAAUGAACAUGUGUGUAGUGAAUUGCUUGAUGGGGUGCAUAGACACAUCCAGCAAAUCAGAAACCUGCAUGAAGCAUGCCUUAAGGAGUUGGUCAGCAAGCUUCAUGAAGAACUGUUGGCUGAGUAUGUGAGGAAAAUGAUGAAGAAGAAGAUCAUACUUAAAGAUGAGAAGAAACAACACCAAGCAGCUGAAGCUUUAUGCAAAAAUAGUCAGAAAAUACAUGCUCUGUUUACUGAGGCUGGGUCAUACAUGAAGGACCUGGAAGACAUCCUGCCCAAAUUAGCUGAACUGCUGAAACUAAAUGAUCCACAAUGCAUUGAACUCCAGCUGGUCACCCUCUCUAACAUUUACCCAGACCUCAGUGACGCCCACGUCUCUGCCUGGCUACACCUCAAGGCAAACCUUUCUCCCUCGGACCUCAAAAAAAUAAAGAAGACAUUCACUAUGUAUCAUGGUCAAACCUCAGAAAGCACUAUAGAUGGCAUGGAUUCCCUUCAUUCAAACACAAAUUUCUUCUCCAAAGUAGCCAUGAAGUAAUCAUCUGAAAUACUGUAAAAUACCAAAUGUUUCUAAUUCUCAUGAUGUAUGUUGUCUUUAUAGUGUUUUAUGCAGUCCCAUGUGCAAUGUGAAAUGAUUAAGCUAUUGUAAAAAUUGUAAAUAAAUACAGUACACGUUA